CCCCUGGCAGCGGCGGGGCAGAUCCCGGCCACGGCGCUGCUGCCCACCAUGACCCCGGACGGGUUGGCCGUGACCCCGACGCCGGUGCCCGUGGUUGGCAGCCAGAUGACGCGCCAGGCCCGGCGCCUCUACGUGGGCAACAUCCCCUUCGGCAUCACCGAGGAGGCCAUGAUGGACUUCUUCAACGCCCAGAUGCGCCUGGGGGGGCUCACGCAGGCCCCCGGCAACCCGGUCCUGGCCGUGCAGAUCAACCAGGACAAGAACUUCGCCUUCCUGGAGUUCCGCUCGGUGGAUGAGACCACGCAGGCCAUGGCGUUCGAUGGCAUCAUCUUCCAAGGGCAGUCGCUGAAGAUCCGGCGCCCCCACGAUUACCAACCCCUGCCCGGGAUGUCCGAGAACCCCUCGGUCUAUGUGCCUGGCGUUGUCUCCACUGUGGUCCCCGACUCAGCUCACAAGCUCUUCAUCGGGGGCCUCCCCAAUUACCUGAAUGAUGACCAGGUGAAGGAGCUGCUGACGUCCUUCGGGCCCCUCAAAGCCUUUAACCUGGUCAAGGACAGCGCCACCGGGCUCUCCAAGGGGUACGCGUUCUGCGAGUACGUGGACAUCAACGUCACCGACCAGGCCAUCGCGGGGCUCAAUGGGAUGCAGUUGGGGGACAAGAAGCUGCUGGUGCAAAGGGCCAGUGUGGGGGCCAAGAACGCCACCCUGAGCACCAUAAACCAGACCCCGGUGACGCUGCAGGUGCCCGGGCUGCUGAGCUCGCAGGUGCAGCUCGGGGGGCACCCCACGGAGGUGCUGUGCCUCAUGAACAUGGUGCUGGCCGAGGAGCUGCUGGACGACGAGGAGUACGACGAGAUCGUGGAGGACGUGCGGGACGAGUGCGGCAAGUACGGGCUGGUGAAGAGCAUCGAGAUCCCCCGGCCCGUGGACGGCGUGGAGGUGCCCGGCUGCGGCAAGUACGGGCUGGUGAAGAGCAUCGAGAUCCCCCGGCCCGUGGACGGCGUGGAGGUGCCCGGCUGCGGCAAGUACGGGCUGGUGAAGAGCAUCGAGAUCCCCCGGCCCGUGGACGGCGUGGAGGUGCCCGGCUGCGGCAAGUACGGGCUGGUGAAGAGCAUCGAGAUCCCCCGGCCCGUGGACGGCGUGGAGGUGCCCGGCUGCGGCAAGUACGGGCUGGUGAAGAGCAUCGAGAUCCCCCGGCCCGUGGAUGGGGUGGAGGUGCCCGGCUGCGGCAAGUACGGGCUGGUGAAGAGCAUCGAGAUCCCACAGCCUGUGGAUGGGGUGGAGGUGCCCGGCUGCGGCAAG